AUGCCUUCACCACUUCCAUCAAGCUUUGCCUCAGCGGCAGCUGGCAACGUCCAUGAUUCGUCUGGCUCAAGAAAAGACGGAACCGGAAGCGGGGAAUGGUCUCGCAAUCGUAUGAAUGGGGCUACUCAAACCUUCCGUCGCCCAUCUCUUGCAGCGAACUUAUCUCAUACCCGGGAUAACGCGCAGACCACGUCGUCAUCCACCCCUACGCCUUCUGUUGCGGCAUAUAUCCCUCCUCAUCUUAAUUCCAACUAUCAGUCAGGUUCCCCGCGUACCGCCACAUCGAGUGAUAGCAGGUACUCCAAGGACCAACUUUUAAGUUUCUACAAGAGCCAGCAGGAUUCGGGGAGCUGGGGAAAGCACAUAACUGAUUAUUUCAUGGCUGAUUGGAACCCCCAUGACGACACCGCCUCCACCGUUAAUGGUAGUUGGAACAAACGGGAGGACAUUAAAGAUGGCCACGCCGGCCCCGAAGUUUGUUGGGAUCAUAGUGGACAGGCUCAGCCGUUGGCAUUGACUGAAAUGAACGAUGAAGAAAAAAAUUUAUUUUCUGGCUCUGUUAACUCCCCGUUAAAGCCCCCUCCCCAAGGUGGCUCAAAGGAUAAUUCAGGUGCUGGGGGGAACGCGGCUCGUAAAUCGUCCGUCUCUCAUUCCCAGUCUCAUCUUGGAUCCUUCAACACUUCCUCUCCAGGAUCCGCACGUACCGCGCCACGGCGUCGUGGGACCGGUGAUUCUUCGGUGAAUCCAAUAUCUCCCACGGGAAAUUCUCGUUUUUUAAGGGACGAUACGAGCAUAUCCACUCCACCACCAUCGCUGCUUCGUCGAAAGACCGAUUUCCGCGAGUUAGAGACGAAAACGGAGGAGAAGGACAUGGAAAACAAUUCCCGUGAUACAGGUCUUGAUAUAAGCUCUCCGUUUGGGACUCUAAAGCGCAGUAUCACAGGCCCCGUUGGCACAACUUCAAGUGCUUCAGCCUCUCCGUGGUCCUCGUCCCACAACUCAGCUUUUUCUCCAAUGGGUGCGUUUGGUAGCUUUUCUCUGGGGCCUAUGAGCGGAACCUCAGGCAGUGGCGAGAAAAAGUCGGGUUUUGGUAGCCUACGUGGGGAAAGUCGAUUUAAGGGUCUGUUGGCUAAAGAAAACUCUGAAGAUGUCAUGUCCAACGUUAAGGAAAAACCAUCUCUUGCUGCUUUAGAUCGUCUUCCCGAAACCGAGGAUACUAGUCCGCAGGUGCAGCAGCAAUCCUGGGGGGAGUCUAUGAAAACACGCACGACUCGCAGUGAGACCAACCCUUUUGUCGAUGAGCCACGGAGCGGGAGUGCAGCGCUUGGUGGCCAGGAUUUGGAUGCUCCUGCGACUGGAACUUCUACAUCUGGAAUUGACCAGUUUGGCCUGUCUUUUGGCAUGACAUCGAGCGGACCCAGUUUUCGAGACCUUGUAGGAAGCGAGCAAAACCAAUCAGAGCAGACUCCCAAUCAUCAUGUCCAUGAGCCAAUGAGUCCGACUAAUACGAAUCCUUACCAGAGCCCCCAGGGUGAGAGAGUUGAUGCAGACGAUAUCGACACAGAUGGUUCUGACAUCCAACAUACCCACUUGUCGGGCCUCAGUGAUAUACCAGAAGACCAGGGAAUGGGUGGGUUUGGGUCUAUUCGUCGAGGCGGAUCAACAGUUGACCCCUCAGCUGGUGACCGCAGCCAAACAUCAAGCGUUGGUCCGGGCCGUGGGUUUUCAAGCUUGACCGGCCUUGGCGGUCUACCAUCUCUUGGAUCUGCUGGUGGCUGGCCUACGAAUGCGACAGCCGGUACUCCUACCCGAGAAAGAUCUGGCUUUGCAUCUGGGUUUGGUGAUCCAAUUUUUGGAUCAAUGGCAGAUUUGCAAUCCCCAAAUCUUGCAACUCUUGGAGGGGGUGGCUUCUUUGGAUCGCAUACCAGUCUUCCUGGUGCUGCUCGUGCGAGCAAAAUGGGAUCCCUCUUUCCUCCAGCAAUGCAGGACCAGAUGCGUGGUGAACAACUGCGCCCUGAUUCCACAGGAAUUGAAGGUUCGAUGAGGCAGCAAGUUGAGAAUAGGAACCUCGCCAGUACCAGCCCCUUUGAUACUGGAAUAUCGAGGAGGGACACUGAGCAGGUUACACGAGGUGGCAUUUUCUCUCCGCUCGGUGGUCUUGAUCUUGGAAGAGACGCAUUUUUGUCUGGAGACAAACCCGGCUCUGUCAAUCCGACCUCUACAGUUGCAUCGUCCUAUGCUCCUUUGGCCUCAGCCAGUGCUUCAAGUUCCAUUCCACCCGCACAAGCGUCAGUUGAGGGUACUGGCCAGCCCACCCAGAGCGUUUCCAGUGCCAGUUCGUCGAGCACCCAACUUCCGGCAACCCAACAGCGACAAAUGGUUAUGCCAGAUCGUAUGCGCUGGAUCUAUCGCGACCCUCAAGGUAACACGCAAGGCCCGUGGUCUGGACUCGAAAUGCACGAUUGGUUCAAAGCAGGGUUCUUUACUGCAGAGCUCCAAGUGAAGAAGCUGGAAGAUGCGGAGUACGAACCGUUAGCUCAACUUGUUCGACGUAUCGGCAAUUCCCGUGAGCCCUUCCUAGUACCACAGAUUGGAGUUCCUCAUGGCCCUCCCUCGACUCAACCUGGUCCCUGGGGUGCGUCGGCAUCUCAAGCUGGAGUCGCGCAGCCACCUUUCCCCACCAGUUUUCCCAGUUUUGGCACAACUCUGACUGCCGAUCAGCAAAACGCUCUGGAGAGAAGAAAGCAAGAAGAACAGUAUUUGAUGGCGAGACAGAAGGAACACCUUGCACAACAACAAGUUCUUAUGAAACAGAUGGCUAUGCAAAAUCCACCUCACACCACUAUGCAUUCCCAGCUUCAACAUCAUUCCAGCGCCCAUAGCCUUCAUAGCCAACCAAGUUAUGGCAACAUAACCUCCUCAGGAGGAUACCAGCCAUCUCCAAUACAGGGGCCUAUUCAACCACCCCAAGCAGUACCAGGCUACUUUGAACCCAAUAUGCGACAACCGAAUGUGCCCAACGUGCCCCCUCAAAUGCUUCCCCAAGAUAUGAUGGCUGUCCAGGAGGAACUACCAAAUUUUGUUGAUCGUAUGAACAUCAAUCGCCCAUCUCAGUUUCCUUUCAGUGCCGGCCCAUCAUUCGGGGCAAGACCGCAAGAAAAUGUUAUGCCGUCCCAGCAAGUUGCAUCCAUGCUACAGGACAGAGUUCGUUUACAACAAGAACAAGAACAGUUCGAGAAAGCCAAAGGAGAUUCUAUUUUUGACCAGCAAGCUCGGGAUGAGCGUCUGAGACAAUUCCAUGCGUUGAGACGUCAAACCGAUGAUGACAUUGUUAAGAGAACUGAUGGACUCCCCACGCAUUCCCCAACCAUUCCUCCUGGAGACGAAUUUGAGCAUACGGACGAUGUUUCCAAACCUACUGCUCAAACCCAGCAGGAGCAAUCGCAGCAAAGAGAGGCGGAACCCCUUUCACUAUCUCAGCAGGUCCAAAAAGCCGCAUCCGCUCAGCGACAGCAGCAACAACAGCAACAGCAACAGACGCAGCCUCCAGCCGUACAACCUGAGUCUCCUUGGGCGAAGGUCGAUAAUGGCAUCCCGCAGCCAUUUCCUCCUCCACAAUCACAGUCUCCCCUCCCUGCUCCUGCAGCACAACGCAAUCGACAGAACGUAGCGGAUGCUUUAGCAGCCAGCUCCAGAUCACAAAGCCAGACACCAAUUGAGACUCCAACAACAUCCAUCGCACCCUGGGCGAAGGAAACUAUUGAAGCACCAAAGGGCCCCUCAUUGAAAGAAAUUCAAGAAGCUGAAGCUCGUAAAGCUGCCAAAUUGGAAGAGGCCGCAGCAGCCGCGCGACGUGCGCUCGCUGAACAGGAACGCGCGAACAAACCUCCCGCCCCCGCUCCAGGCUUGCCAUCAACCGCCAACUGGGCGAGUAGUGGAUCUCCCGCCACCCCACCAUCCAGCACACCGUCAGCAUGGGCGAAACCCAUAGCCGGCAAAUCGCACCCUGGAAUCUCUUCCUCCGCGCCCAAAAAGACCCUAGCACAAAUUCAAAAGGAAGAAGAGGCCAGAAAGCAACGUCUGGCUGCUGCGAAUAAUGCUCAUACUAUUACCACCGCACCCAUGUCUGCUGCCGGUAAACGCUAUGCAGAUCUUGCUAGCAAGAUCGCUCCUCCAACAGCGCCUUCGGGGGCAUGGACCACAGUUGGAGCUGGUGGGAAGCCAAAACCGCCGCCCGCCGCACCUGCGGGACCAAGAGUUGUUCCUGUGGCUCCUGCGGCGAAGUCUAGACCAACAACUGUCCUUACCAGACCGUCUGCGCUCGUUUCUUCGCAAACUGCCAAUGCGAAUAAACCCACCGAAGAACUCAUGAAAUGGGCUAAGAACGCGUUGGGAAAGGGGUUGAACAGCUCCAUAAAUGUUGACGAUUUCGUCCAACAACUGCUCCUCCUCCCUCCUGAGACCGAAAUCAUUUCCGAUUCCGUCUAUGCCAACUCACAAACGCUGGAUGGGCGCCGGUUCGCGGAGGAAUUUAUUCGUCGACGCAAACUUGCUGAUAAGGGUGUUGUCGAUCCCGCCUCACUGAACGCUGGUAGCAACGGUUUUGGCACUACUUCCGACUCCAAUGCUUCUGAUGGGUGGAAUGAGGUUGCUAAGAAGGGCCAGUCUGCUGCCCACCGCGAAGAUACCAGCAAUGCGCCGUUUAAGGUUGUGGCGGCUAAGAAGAAGGGGAAGAGGUAG